AUGGCAGCCACUGACCCUACCACCGCCGCCUUCUUCGCCAAAGCGAACAAAUACCUCAUGUCCACAGGAGUCCCCAUCUCCCCAGUCAUCAUCGAAGAAGCCCAAGGCACCUGCUUAUAUGACACAAACGACCGUCGCAUCCUCGAUUUCACCUCAGGCCAGAUGAGUUCCCUGCUAGGCCACUCUCAUCCCGAGAUUGUGUCCACCAUCCAACAAUACGCCGCCAAGCUAGACCACCUCCUCAGCAACAUGAUUACCCAUCCUGUUGUGGACCUAGCUGAGCGUCUCGCCCGCUACCUCCCUCCACCGCUGGAGAAAUCCUUCUUCGUGAAUACUGGCUCCGAAUCCAUCGAAGCUGCUAUAAAGAUGGCUAAAGCGUAUACUGGCAAAUUCGAAAUUGUCGCCUUCAGCGCCAGUUACCACGGCCUUACCCAGGGCUCUGGAUCGGCGACGUAUUCCACGGGCAGGAAAUGCGGUGGCCCCUGUAUGCCAGGCCAACUUGCCUUUCCUGCUCCAUAUGCAUACCGCUCGCCAUUCCGCAAGGCGGACGGGACAUACGACUGGGAGACGGAGUUGAUGUUUGGUUGGUCCAUGAUCGAUCGGCAGAGUGUGGGGUCGUUGGCUGCGUUUGUUAUGGAGCCUAUUCUCUCGACUGGCGGAAUCCUGGAGCUUCCGGAUGCAUAUUUGCAGCGCAUGGCCCUAGAGUGUAAGAAGCGGGGCAUGUUGCUGAUCAUGGAUGAGGCGCAAACAGGAGUCGGUCGCACUGGUCAAAUGUUUGCGUUCGAGCAGGCCGGAAUAAUCCCAGAUAUUCUGGCUUUGUCGAAGACCUUGGGAUGCGGGCUUCCUUUGGCGUCGGUAAGUACGAGUGCUGAUAUUGCGCAGGGUUGCGCAGACGCGGGGUUUUUGUGGUUGACGACACAUCUGAACGAUCCGCUUACUGCGGCGGUGGGAAAUAAGGUGUUGGAGAUUGUAGAACGAGAUAAUAUUUGCCAGCGGGCGACGGAGCGUGGUACGCAGCUGAGGGAGGGCCUGCUGAAGCUCCAGGAGAAGUAUUGGUGUAUUGGAGAUGUACGGGGUCGGGGUCUUUUGCAAGGGAUUGAGAUCAUCACCGAUCAAGACACUCGAGGCCCUGGGCCGGAGCUAGGUCAGGCGGUGUCGGACAGAGCCAUGGCGUGUGGGUUGUCGUGUAAUGUUGUCAAUCUACCAGGUAUGGGAGGAGUCUUCCGUCUGGCGCCGCCGGUAACCGUUUCAGCGCAGGAGAUUGAGGAAGGGCUGAAGAUACUGGAUGAGGCGUUUGCCUAUGUACUUGGCAAGAGUCGAGGUGCUUAG